GUGAUGAUGUCUGUGUGUUUGCUGUCAGUGAGGGUGUCAGACUGCGCAGAGAACGCCUGACAUAGUGCAGGUUGGAGAAAAUGAACCCACUGGAGGACGUCCCGUUUCAGACACUACUGGGUCCGCUACAGGAGGAAGUGAAGAUUUUGACAGCUCCAGACAUCACUGUACCAGAUUGUGGUCGGCUACUACAGGACACUGAGUAUGGAUUCAACUUGGAGAAACUUAUUUUAAGAGGGCAGCAGCUGCUCUGUCAGGCCCCCUCUUGCCCCCCCUACUGGCUGAUGUUCAGCACUCCUCAGGAGACUCUCAGGGCCAGACGCAGGAGCAGUGACCCAUGGACCUCAGGAGUUCGUCCCCGCAGUCACAGCCUGAACUCCACAGACUCUCCCUGGCUGCACCAUCGCACAGUCAGGUUCCUCUUAUCUGACUCUGAGGAUGAAGAUGGCUACUUUGAGGAUAACGAAGGCUCCUCUGCAGAAGAUGCCCAUUGGCCCUCCAAAAGCAGAGAGCGGCCCAGGAGCACUGCACCAAAAGACCCUCUCUCAAGAGUCAAAGAUGAGCACUGUGGUCCUCCCUCUCACUGCUGUAAGCCUGCGUCACCUCAGAGCCUUAGAGGAUCCAGAAGCUCUUCACCUUCUCUUCAAGAUGGCAGACAAGCACUGCGAGCUGUGGAGCAACACAGGUGUCAGCAGGGCAGCCCCCUCCCUCCUGGGCAGAAGAACAGCAAAAAGAGGACACGGUCACUGGGAUUAGUGGGCAGAAAAUUCACCCAAAAUACCCCACCUGCCGCUCCUCCUCCAUCCAGGCUGAAACAGAUACGACCAUCCUCUGCAGGGCCUUUGGUCAAACACCACAGACAGGCCCGGAGGACAGGAAGCUCCUGUGGGCUUUUCUUUGACUCAGUGGCAGAGUUGGUGUCAGCACUGAGCCAAGAAGAAAGGGAGCUGCUGGAGAGCAUCACGGAGAAGGGUUACCCUCUGCGCACAGCCAUUCUGGCUCUGCAGAAGACCGGCUAUCACAGCCCAGAUAAGAUCCUAAAAUACUUGGUAGCGUGUGACCAUCUGUGUAAGCUGGGUUAUGAUGAAGCACAGGUGGAUGAGGCCUUGGAGAUGUUUCAGAACUGUGAAAGCAAGGCUGCCGAGUUCCUGCACCUCCUGACUCAGUUUAAUGAGAUGGGCUUUCAACAAAGUGCCAUCAAAGAAGUGCUGCUUGUUCAUGAAAAUCAUCGUGAGCGGGCGCUUGAAGAACUAAUGACACGCACGGCUUAAACAGAUCAUCUCUUUUCCAUUUUGUGUAAUAUGAUUAUCU